ACAAAUAACACGCUUACUUCAACUUGUAUAAAACAAAACAAAAGAUGCGAACAUUGUCUUAUCGCGGGCGAUAAAACAAAAGAUGCGAACAUAGAUAACCGCGCACCUAACCCUCCCGGGCUUUGGCGUGGUGCGUGGUUAUUUCAUUUCACAGAUUAUUAAACUUACCAUUUCAAUUAUCAUCCAGUCGUCGUGUGAAGGUGCGACUAGUGUAGCUGUAGCGAUUAGUUUAUCAACUAAUUUAAUUUAAUCGUGGUAUCGGUAAUCAUGGAUGGUCUCCUUAAAAAGGAAGUGAAAGAAGAGAUGCAAAGUGUGAAGGAUGAGCCAGUGUAUGACGACGGUGCCGACACGAGCGAGGCUGCGCUGGGCGAGCUGUACGCCGAGCACGAGGUCAAGGAUGAGCUCGUGCUGGGGACGGAGCGCCAGCACCGCCCCGGUAUCGGCCUCGCGGUGCGCGGUCUCCUUAAAAAGGAAGUGAAAGAAGAGAUGCAAAGUGUGAAGGAUGAGCCAGCGUAUGACGACGGUGCCGACACGAGCGAGGCUGCGCUGGGCGAGCUGUACGCCGAGCACGUGGUCAAGGACGAGCUCGUGCUGGGGCCGGAGCGCCCGCACCGCCCCGACGUCGGCCUCGCGGCUAUGGAAACAUCAAAAUCGCGAAAUAAAACCAGGGAAGAAAUUUUAGAAGCCAAAAGGAGAGCUAGCCGAAUACGUCAUGAAAAAAUAAAAAAAGAUUCUAAACUACGUGCACUGAGAAAAGAACAACAAAAAGAACACUAUGCAAAAAGAAAGAGAGAUAAGCGUGUCGUAUCUAUUAAAGAUAAAAGUACAGAUGAACAGCAGAAACAAAGACAGAAAUGGCGUGAAAAUUCGAGAGCAUAUUACUGCAAAAAAAAAGCAGACUAAGGAAAUACUCCAAGUGAAUAUUAAGCCCCGCAUUCACACUCCUACCUUGUAGUCCGCCUCGUUGGGUAGGAUGGUGUAUGGGGGUUGCGGACUACGAGCCGUCCUACCGUUUAGCCGUUUGUAGGACGGCUCGUAGUCCGCAACCCCCAUACACAAUCCUACCCAACGAGCCGGACUACAAGGUAGGAGUGUGAAUGCGGGGCUUUAGGGAAGAAGAAGAAAGUGAAUUGAUUGAGUCUAGCGGCGGCAGUGACAAAGAUCCCUUACUCGUUGAACCGCCAUAUUCAGUGAGGCAAGACACAAACAAAAAAAAAUGUGGUUACUGUACUUUCGGACGUCAAAGUAAACUAUGGUCUUAAAACCCUUAAAAAUCUCGUAUCGCCCAAUACCAGGGUUUGGGAACAUAAUUUUUCAUCUUUGGCUGUGGGAAAAAGUAUUAAAGAAUUAAAACAUAAGUAAAUGUUUCACAGAGUGUGGCCAGUCAAUUGUCACAAGAAAAAGGCGGCAAAAUCAAAUUUUACAGGUGACACGCUGAUAGUACGCCGAAUACAUGUGUAUAAUCGAUAGAUAUAUGUAACUGCCGCCUUUUUCAUAUUGUUCGUAUUAAUGAGUACCGCCUUGUUCAUAAUAGAAGAAAAGAGUUCGUCGAUUUAUAUGAGAACCGAGCGUGUAACAUUUUGCGUUAAAUCGAAUUUAGCGUGUGGACGGAUUCAAGCGCUUAUUUAACGCGCGUUGAAAAAGCGCUCGUGCGAAUGAGGGCUAAGCCAGCAGACUUCGACGGGAGAGGACGCGCGCGCUGGUCUUGCGACGCACCCGCUCAUCAUUAGUUUUAACAUUGUUCCUUUUACCAUAAGAAGUAAGACUGAAUGUAGAAUAUAUUUUUUUUGUGACGAUAAGGAUAACUAUUAGGUAUAUGUUAUGUUGAGUAGUUCUUAUUUGCAAAUCGUUAUUUUGAUUAAUUUAUAAAGUAGAAACCAAAGCGUGAAAUCAUAAUCAUUAACAAAAUCUUGUUGAAACUUAUGUGAUAAAUAGUUAAGUAUAAUUGAUAAUUUCUUAUUGCUA